AUGGCUAAGCGCCGGCGAACAGAAAUAGCCUUCAUCGCCAACCCGGCUUCCCGCCUCGUGACCUACUCCAAGAGGCGCAAGGGCCUCUUCAAUAAGGCCUCCGAGCUCUGCCGCCUCUGCAGCGCUCGCGCUGCUGUCGUUGUCUUCUCGCCCACCGGCAAGCCCUGCUCUUUCGGCUACCCAUCCGCUGAUGACAUUGUCGCUGACUACCUCCGCGUCGGCGACGGCGACGCGAUGCCGCCGAUGGAUCUAACCGAGUGGGAGCAAUGGGUCGACACAGAAUUGGAUGCUUGCGCAACCGAGGAAGAACUCGAAUACUUCAUCUGGAAGUACGAAGCCGUCUGCAAUUGUGUGCGCCAAAAGUUGAAAGCUUUGGAGGAGGAGGAGGAGGAUGCGCAAGUGAAGGUCAGCGGCGGCGCGGGCGAUUCUCAAGUUCUGACCGAGGAGGAGAUAGAUCCAAUAUUCGAGAGAUCAAGCCGAUGCCCAGCGCGUCCGGAUCUCUCGACUGAUGGCGAUCAGGACGGUGUCAUGACUUCGCCGGAGAACAGGGCCGCCAGCGGUGGAAGUUCGGCAAUGGAGUCCAACCCUGCGCGCUCCGAUCUCGAAGGUUGCGGAGCUAAUGCCACCGGAGGUGGAAGUUUGGGAAUGGCGUGGACCCCAACGUGCUCAGAUCUCGAGCAUUGCGGGUUCGAUCCAGAUGAGUUCCUUACUCUGUUGGCGGACGGUGAUGGUUUCUUGAAUUCGCCAGAGGACUCGGCGGUCAGCGGUGGAAACUCGGGAGUGGAGGCCACGCUCUCCGAUCAAGAGGGCUAUGGAUGUUAUGAUCCAAAUGAUUUUGUUGAUCUGGAAGACUUGGAUGUUCAACUGUGA